GGUAUAGACGUCCCACAAGAUGCAUUCUUCACAAGCACAAGAAAGCUCUGUCAUGGUGGAGUUAUUUUUAAAGUUGACAGCAUUGAUACCAAAGCCUGGAUCUCAUGCAAGAGUGUUAGCCAAUCUUUCAGUGAAAACUUCAGGAAUGAAACAAUCAUCAAGGAUAGAACCUUCCAGGUAAUAGCAGAGUACGUCCCGACAACAUUCAACCCGGACUCAUCCACAUCACUUGCAGAAACAGAGAAAAGCAACAAACUCCAACCUGGAACACUCACCAAAGCGAAAUGGAUCAAGCCUCUAGCACAUCGC